GCGCGCCCCAUAGCUAUUGACGGAAGAGGCUACUCAUGGAGGAAUUUGGCGAUAUCGGCCUGAAGUUGGGCGACUUGAUCUCCAACUUGGCCACACAGCUCCUGGAUACCACCACACAGGUGGAAACCUUGGAACGUUUGUCGAAAAAAUUGGUUCCAGAGAACGAACUCCCGGGGUUUUUGAGAGAGGUUAGAACAAUUAAUGGGAACGGAAACUCCCAGUCACAGACUUCAGUUGAUGCCGAAACGCAAAUGAUUCGAAACCUCGAAGUACAAAGGCUGCAAUUGGUUAUGGAUAUUCAGAAACAGGAGUAUAUACGACAGAAGAUUUCCGAGUUGGUCAAUCAUAAUUCCGAAAUGGUGUACAGCGUGAAGGAGUACAUGGAAAAUAAGCCUAAAAUCACCAAAGAUGAUUAUACGGCAAUCAAUAACCGAGUUGUUCACUAUGUGGAUGACUUUUUGAAGCUGAACAUUUUGUCCUUACAUAUCAACAACGUGGAGAUGAAGAAAAAUCUUCAAAGUGUGGAGUUGUUAAUGGAGCAAUUACGCAAGCAAAUCGAACAGAACUACGAAAUCCUCCUGUCAACUGAAUAUCAAGAGAACCUAAAUCAAAUCAUACAGAAACUCAACCAGAUACAUCAUACUUUUGUUAGUUCAUGAAUUAUUACGUUGCCUUUGUAUUAAUGUCUGUAGAAUUAUUCACCUAUAUCUACAAUGCUAUGCCCUUUUUUAGUCUUCGUUGACGGUACCAGAGGAGCUGAAAGUAGAUCCUCUCCUUGAACUUCGAGAUCCGCUUUCACUGGAUCCAGUAGGUUCAUACCCCACGAAUUCGUAUGCCCUAUUAAUAUAUUUCCUAUUAGGAUCAAGCUUUACCCAAGUUUGCCUGAUUCUAUCAAGAUUCAUCUUUGACCUAUCAAACUUGAAUAGCUGAAAUAUCAAAAUGAUCAUUUCCCACAAGAACAUCACAAAGAUUCGAAAGAAUCCUGCUGAUUCUUCUUCAUGGUUUAUUUCACGUUCAACCAUUUGGACCAUUUCUUCAUUGCCCCCGGUUAGUUUGAGUAAAAUUUCUGUUCUCUCUUCUUGGUUUUUG